GGGAAUUUUUGGAAAGUAUGCAAAGAUACAUCACCACAGAAACGAGCAGAGUGGGCUGUAAUGAGGAAGGACCUGCUGACGAAUAUUACAUCAUAUACCGAAACGUUUUUGAUAAGGUAUCAUAUGUUCUUAAGACAAUGGAGCGUUCAUGUGGGUAGAAGUGGUUUAUCCUGACAAGUAGUAUUCCGGCCUUGGGAACACUGCUUACUGCUUCGUUGACCAUAUUCCAGUUGUGAAUUUUGAAAAGCUCAUCCAAUUUGACAGAAAGGGAUGAAUGGGGAAAUGAGAUGCUGGAUUUAUAUUACUAGACUGUUAAUAUGGAGCCUGACAGCGCAGUGGUUAAGAACUUGGCAGCUAACCAAAAGGUCAGCACUUUGGAUCCACCAGCCACUCCUUGGAAACCCUAUGGGGCAGUUCUGCUCUGUCCUAUAGGGUCUCUAUGAGUCGGAGUCAACUUAAUGAUACCUAACAAUGACGACAAAACUCUUAAUGAAUUUUCUGAAGGAGGUUAAUGAGUCUUUUGAGGGAGACCUGGUGGCACAGUGGUUAAGUGCUUGGCUGCUAACCGAAAGGUUGGCGAUUCAAACCCACCAGCCUCCCCGCAGGAGAAAGAUGUGGCAGUCUGCUUCCGUAAAGAUUACAGCCUUGGAAACCCUAUGGGGCAGUUCUACCCUGCCCUACAGGGUCGCUGUGAGUCAGAAUCAACUUUAAGGCAGUAGGUUUGGGUUUUUUUUAGAAAGUUUUAGAAAUGUAUAUUGGUCCUUUAAAUGCUUGCAGUUUACCAGCCUACCCUACUUUUCACUCACUUUUUUAACUGCCUCAGAAGAUGCUCUGACAGAAAGGAAGUAGUAUCAGUGUCCUUUCUUCCUUGCCUCGAGGAAGUAAUUACUUACCUUACAACUUCUGUAAACCGUUGGUGUCAAGUAAAAUAGCCACAGGCAAAAUAGGAACUGAGUCUAGUUUAAUUUUUAAUCAUUACACAGGAUGAGUUUUAUUUCCCCUCUGAAUAAAAAAGUAGUGUCUCACUCUCAGGGAAAGUGAGCAGAACGUAACAGCACGUGACUGCCAGUGGAAUCACAACGGUUGAUGCACCAGAGUAUGAAACAGAGAAACAGUCCAGGAAAUCUGUCUUUUAGGAUUGGUACAUUGACAGGUUAGCUUCAUUUCAUGUAUUGUUAUGAUCAGUGCUAUUGCUUCUUGAUGUUUUAGCAAAUAAGGAAUGUCUUAGAUGCGUAUUUAAAUAAAGGCAGUAUCUUGACUAGGUCCCCAAACUAUCAAGAGUUAUGCCAAGGUUCUGCUUGUGUGAAAUCAGCCAAGGAAGGCUGUCACAACUGUGACAUGCUUAUCCGUGUGUGCUAAAGUGCUGACAUUUUUCAGAAUUUUUCUUACGUGAAGAGUUGCCUACUUUGAGUUACGAUAGAUAUAGUGAAGUCCUUUUGGGGGUGAUGUUGGUAAAUUUAAUUCUUAGAGAAAAGACGUGGGAUUAAAUAAAUAAUGUCUACAUCUAUAGAACAUGUGAAGGAGCCCUGGUAGUGCAAUGGUGAAGCACUCGGAUGCCACUGGAAGUUUGGUGAUUCGAGUCCACCUAGCAGCUCCACAGGAGAAAGACAUGGCAAUCUGCUCCUGUAAAGAUUAAGAAUAAAAAGGCCAAACCCGUUGCUGUUGAGUCAAUCCUGACUCAUGCUGACCCUAUAGAACAGAGUAGAACUGCCCCAAAGGGUUUUCAAGACGUGGCUGGUGUAUUCAAACUGCUGACCUUUUGGUUAGCAGCAGAGCUCUUAACCACUGUGCCCCCAGGUCUCCGGUGUAAAGAUUACGGCCUAGAAGACCCUAUAGCAGUUCUACUGUGUCACAUAGGGUCACUAUGGGUCGAAAUUGACUUAGCGACACCUAACAACAACGUAGUCCAUGUUCCUUUUCUCCCUGCUCCCCACCCCCAAGAUUUGCAUGUAUUAAAGAAUCCUAUCCUUCAGGACUGAGAAGGGAUCCAACGUAGAAAUCAUUUGGUACUUAGAGAAACUUUUCUUCUAGCUUUUCAAUAACAGGUAAUCUCUUCUUCCAUUUUCAUGUUAUUCGAGCAUGUGUUAAUAAUCUAUUAAUGACUUCCUUGUCUGAUAUUCCUUCACUCGUAGGAGGAUCUAGCUGGGCAGAAGAUGAAAGUAUCAAUUUGCAUAUCUGGAUUCUUGUAACCAGAGGACAAAUGCCAAAUUGUGUUGAAAAUCAAAGAUAGAGGGUUUGGUUUGCGGUUCCUCAGAAAAGUUAAACAGAAUUAUCGUAUCCUAGGUAUAUACCCAAAAGAAAAGCAGGGGCUCAACCAGAUUUUAAAGAGAAAGAAAGAGUUAGACUUGGAGAAACAUGCUGGAAUCAAAGCAAGGAGGGCCUGAGAAGACUCGUAUACCAGGAGUAAUGGGUAUGGUAGGGAGAGCCAAGGACUUAGUGAGCAAAGAUGACAAAAGCUAGGAAGAGUCAGGUGCUCUAGAGAUGGGUGAAUUAUGGAGGCAACUUGCUCUUGAAAGUGACUGACCCUUUGUAUUCCUGGUAGCAUGUUGUACAAAUAGGCCAGAUCCAUACAUGAGAGUUGAGGUGGAAUGGAUACUAUCCCUUUUCUCCCUCAGACCCCUGUACUUGGUAAGUAUAUCCAUGAUUUUCUUGGGUUUAAUGGAAGCCUUAAUACAGGGGUCUCAAACAUGAAUGCCUGCAGAGGCCUAGAAGGCAAUAUAAAAGAGUGAAGUGGGCUGGCUGUAAGAGAAUAAGGAAUGGUGGGGACGGUGGCAAAAUGAAGAACCAACCCAGUUUUAAGCUUCAGCAACUAAUUGACAUUAAGGGAUGAGGGCUCCAUAUUGGUAGAUAUUUUAGAGUUUUCAAGAGAAGACAGAAAUGUGAUUUUUGGGGGUGUGAAAUUCCUAAACUUUUAAAACAUUUUGUGAGUCAGUCAAAACUACCAGCAGUAUUCUACCUGUGGCCUGCCAGUUUGCAUUCUCUAAUAUAUUUUCUGUGUAUCCUUAAGGGUUUCCAUAAAAGGAUUCUUCUGAAACCUGCUUAUGUUAGCAGACAGACAUGGGAGCUGAUCGUAGUGUCACUAGAAGUCUAUUGUCCAUCCAUUAAUGUGUCUGAGUUGUCUUGGAAUGUUAGAACCCAUGACUGGGGUGUGUAGAAUGGAGGGUGUCCAGAAGCAGCAGGGUGUUUAGAUUGGGAGACCACAGAUUGAUGAUCUCUGUUUUGUGAAAGGUUUCUGGUUCGUAGUCCUCCUGGUUUGGGUAGAUAGGUGGGUAGUAAGGCUGUAUCAGAAAAAAAAACAUUAUCUCCUACGCAUAUAUCCUAUUCUGGUACUUGACACUGAUCAAUAAUCUGCUUGUACUGUUUCUUGACAGACCAGAAGUCUUCCUGAGUAACUUUUUCUAGGUAUUGUUUAGCUAACAGUAAACCAGCCAGGGACACCAGGAGGGCUAAAGAUAAUAGGAGCAAAAAGCAUAAUUACAGCUUUCAGGAAAAAUUAUGGAUUAAAUCACACCUAUUCCCUAAGAACUUUGAUCCCUUCUGAAAUUCUAUUGAGCUGAGCAGAAUUUGGAAACCAUAAAUUACUUGUUUAUAUUUGUAACGUUUUGGUUUAAAAAAAGCACAUGUAAAAAUAUUUCUUGUGCCGUCUCAUUAGGGGGAAAGCAGCCAGGAGUACCUAGCAAGGUGUGUAUAACUUUCGGUAUGAGAGACUGACUUGAUUUGUAAAAUAAAUAAAUAUGUAAUAUUUCUUAAUUACUUAUUUUUGCAUGGGUUAUGCAUACACAAGAUUAACAACAACAACAAAAAGCCAAUAAAGAAGAGUGCACAAUGGAAAGUCAGGUCUGUUUCACCGUGGGCUCUAGUUUCCUUCCCUCUCUGCAGGCACCCACUGUUACCCUUCAGUGAUAUUCCGUGUGUAAACACUACUGGGAAGCGUGAGAAUAUAGUGAGGAGGAGGUUUUCCGCAGUUCAUUUGACGUCUUGAGAAUAGAAAUGCGAUUUAGGGGUUGAGGCUAUUGAUUGGUACAAGCUGAUGGGUUAGAAGAUCAGGGAAGUGAAAGGAGAUCCAGGAUUUUGAGGUCGGAAUGAAGUCAUAGACUGGAUUUGGAAGGAGUGACGGAAGGUAUGUAAUUAUAUUUAAGACAUCCACAAUAGAGGAAACUAGACCUGGUGUUGGUUUUAACUGACAUCAUGUGAUGGAUACGCGCAUACCAAGAAGAGCAGAACUGUGUUCUUAUUUUGUUUGUCUCAUAUUUAAACUCACAAGUACUAUAAUCGCAAAGAGCCUGUGUUCAAUAAGUACUGUUUAGUGCUCAGUCGUAUCUGAGGUUGCCAAAUGCAAGUUCAAAUUUUUAAACUUCUAAUUGCUUGUCAUGCUUUAUUUUAAGGUAAUCUGUACUGCUAUUUGCAAGGCUUUUGAUCCAUAAUUUAUUAGAAAAAUAUUCAGUACCAUAGGCAGAAAAAUCGUAUUUCAGGUAAUAGAGUAUGUCACUGCAUACAAAUCCAUUCUCACUUCAAUCAAAAGAGAAUAUGAUGCCUUUAUUGAGUCGGUGAAGAAAGGCCAGAGCACUGCGUUUUGUCUUCACGGAAAACUUAAAGUUUUGGCAGCAGAGCCCACAGCAUUGGUAUAUCACAGGAAGAGAAUAGUCCAACUUGAAGCAAAAGGUUCAGUGCAAUUUCAACAAAAAUUCCAACAGGAUAUUUUAAAAAUGGAGCUCAAUAAACUGAUUCUUAAAGAAGAAUAAAGUGGAAGGACUUGCAACAUCAGAUAUGGACAAUUAUAAUUAUGAGAGUGUGAUAUUGGUGUGCUGAUAAGACAACUGGACUGACCAAACAGAAUGAAAAGCCCAGCAACAUACCAGUACAUCCACAUUUGGUGUAUGACAAAUGAGGGUUGUUGAAAAUAAUUCCUCAAGGAUUCAAAUGCAAAUAGAGGAAAUGAAGCAACUUAGAGCAGAGUACGAAAAGAAAGAAGUAAAAUAUUGUACUUUCUCCAAAGAUCCUUCAAAACCUAUUCCAGGCAUGACUCUUCAAGAAUCCGUCAAUCUAGAUGCUCUCACUAAACACCUGAAACAUCUUGAAGAUAAAUAUGCAGAAAUUAAACAAACGAUGUCAAUCAAAUACGUGUCAGCUCAAAGGAAGGCCGAUUUAGAUGAGGAAAUGAUUAUGUUGUUAAAGCAGAGAGACGUAGCUGAAAAUCUGAACAAAGAGUUACAGUCUCGUCAUCAAAGAAUGCAAAUUAUUUCACACGCACUUACUUCAUGGGUAAGAUCGGAUAUGAGCGGAUCAUUUCAAGUCACCGUGGAGCAAAUUCAGAAAACCAAAGAUUUACACGGUGACCAAGGUACUGUGGAGGACUUGCUUGAAGAUGAUCCAAGCAAGGCAAAAGAAGCUGAAAUUUUGCUUUGCUAUAUCGAAAGGUUCAAUGAAUUAAUCACACUUGGUGAAUAUGAAAAGGCAGCUAUUUUUGCAGCGAACAGUCCCAGAAGAAUUCUUCGAAACAUUGGUACAAUGAAUAAAUUUAAGGCUGCUGGAAAAAUUAGAGGAAAGCCUUCUCCAUUACUGUUAUUUUUUGAGGCGCUCUUCAGCACAAGCCAGGCUUCUAAACGUCCUAUUGAUGCAGCUCUAACCGUGGAAGGCAUCAAGUGUGGAUUAUCUGAAAAACGGUUAGAUUUAGUUAUACACUGGGUCACCCAGGAAAGGCUAACAUUUUCUGAGGAGGCUGGGGAUGUGAUUCAUGAUUAUGCGGAGCAGGAUACGUACAACAAGGCCAAAUGCGUGGCCUUAGCUCAGAUUAUCUACAAUGAAUGUGGCCUGCACAAGAAAGCUCUUCUUUGCCUGUGUAAACUUGGUCAAAUUUACGGGGCCAUGGAAUACAUCCAACAAUUCAAGGACUUUACUUCUGAUGACCUGUUGCAGCUCAUAACGUUAUGUCCCCAAACUGAAUUAAUUCAUUGUCUCACUAAAGAGUGGAAUGGGAAACCACCACCUUUAUCUUUGGGUCUUGCCAUACUUCAUCUGUUCUCUGUAGAUAUGAAAAAGGUUGGCAUUAAGCUACUUCAAGAAGUAAAUAAAGGCGGGAAAGAUGCAGUAGAACACCUUAUGAUAAAUGAUCCGUUUUGCUCCCUAGAAAGGUGGCAAGAAAUGGCGGAUAUAUGUUUACAGAAUGGCUUUGACAAAUUAUCUAACGACAUUAUGUCCAUUCUUCGAUCUCAGGCUGGAGUUACAGAAAUUUCUGAAGAGGAUGACUCGGUCAACUUAAUGGGACAUGUCUUUUGGUAGUUCCGUAUCUUAACCAGCUGAGGGAGCUUGUAUAACACUCUGUGGGUCUGUGGGUUGGGCACACUGAUGUUGGCAUAACUACCUUAUAAAUAAACCUGGAGUAUGAAGCCCUGAAAAAUAAAUCACAAUUCCUUUGUUAUGACGACAUUUAGGUUUGUGCUUGAUAUUUAUAGCCUUGCUUCCUUUUUUUGUAUGGUCAUUUCUUAUGAACCUUGAUAAAAUGCAAUGAUAUAACUUCAUGUAAAACUCAGUGUGGGCCUUUCUAGAUAAGGGCCUAAGCUGAUGCCCAGAUACAUUCCUUUUGGGUGAUCUAAUUUGAUAAGAACUGAGGAAGGUGUGAGUAGUAUCCUGUCUGUUAGACUGCCUUCCAAAAUAUCAAAUGCUACACUCUUGACUUGACAAAAGAAUGCAGAAUGUCAUUUCAAGGUUGGAUACUCUGGGGAGAAUCUCAAGUGUAGUAAUUUUGUGCUGCUGAUUUAAAGAAGGGCCACUUGCUUUGGUAGAUACGCACAACAAAGGUUAGGCUUCCAUUAUAAAAGUUGGAAUCUUGCCAUGUUCUGACCUAGGGUGAAAACCCGCCAAAUUUUACAUGGAAGUGGAACCAGGACAGCAGUAGGCAUAGAAAGUGUGUCAGGGGAGGUGGGCUUAGAUCAUUUCAAGUGCCUGAAUAAGUAUUUGAUAAGUCAAGAGUUCUGUGUCAAGGACAGGUGUGAUGUUCAAAAUAUUUAACGAUCAGUGUGGCAUGGCCACCCGUUGAGCAGAACAGAUGCCAGACUGAGCAGAGCGGCUCUCAGCCCUUAUGCCACACCAGGGAACACCAGCUGAAUGCCAGCUUGAUCCUGGCCUGGUAAAAAUGAGCUGCUGUUAGAUAGAAUGAGAGCAAAGGGCUGAGCUUGUCCCCUCCUAAAUUUAAAUUGAAUGUGUAGUUUUUAUUUUGUAAUGGAAAAAAUAUGAACUUGGAGUCAGACAGCCUCAUAUUCAAAUUCUGAUCUUACGUCUUAUUCAUUUGUAAAAUAUGGGCAGUAAUGCCUCCCCUAGGGGUUGUUGUGAGGAUUAGUGAUGAUGAUGUGUGUCAUAUAAGUGUACAGCAUAAAGGUAGAACUUAGUAUGAGACAGCCGUUAUUUCUAUGUAAUAGGUCCUAGAGACACAUCUUCUUCUACUUGGUCUAUUCUUACGAAAGCCCAAUUUCUAUCUCUCUGUAAUUAUGUAAUCAUCUCUCUUUGGAAUAUUUGAUAUAUGGAUAUACCUUAUUGCCUGUUAAUAUCUUAAGCUGUCUGUUAAUUAGGGUUGCCUGGCUUAUCUAAUAAAUCCAGAAGGGUAAUUACUGAGUUUUCAGUUUUUCCAUAUAGUGCUUAACACAGUAUUGGAUAAUUAUAAUCCAGUUUCCUAAAACUUAGUAUUUUUGCUAAGGUAAUAUAUGUGCACAGUUUAGUCAUAUAUUACUAAAAGCCUUAUAAUAUCUAAUAAUAUUUUGAUUUCUGGCCUUCACAUUAGUCAUUAUGUUUGAAAAGGAAAGAUGAAGGGUGAAAAAAAGAAAAGGAAAGAAAGAGGGGAUUUCUUCAUGUACCAAUGGCUCGACACCCUUUUUUCUUUGAGACUUGUAUGAUUGGUAGAAGGCUGUUAUGUGCCCAUUGACAGAACUUAGAAAAAAAAUGUGUCCAUGAGAGACAGGAGAGUGAAGUAGGUAUGUAAAUCUGGAGAAAGCCUGAGGCAGCAUCUGUUGUUGUUGUUACUGUUAAUUUUGCCUUGGUUUUAAAAUGUUUUCCUCCACUUAUUAUAAUUCCUUCUCUGUUAGCAGUACCUUUGGCAGCUUUCCCAAGGAAAGUGAAACUUGACAAGUGAGUAUAAAUUAAAAUGCCUGGAGAUGGAAAAUGGAAUUGGGAGGAAGAGCAGGAAUAUAAAGCCAAGUGGGAAAGAAGAAAGGGUUGGGUCGUGAGCAGCACAGGGCUUGGCAACUAAGAACCUCCCUGUAAGCCACACUGAGAAGUAUGAUGGGCCUUGUAGCACAGAAGCCUGGUGUCUUAGGCUGGGUUCUCUAGAGAAGCAAAAUCAGUGAAGUAUAUAAAUAUAGAGAGAUUUAUAGCAAGGAAAUGGCUCAUGUGGUUGUAGAGGCUGGAACGUCCCAAGUCCGUGGGUCAGGAUAGAGGCUCCUCCAUCCUGAUUCAUGGAGCCACAGGGGCUGGCAAACCCAAGAUCGGCAGGUCAGAAAGCAGGGCUCUGACUUACACGCUGUGAAGACUGAUAAAUCCCAGGAUCGGCGGGUAAGAUGGCCGGUAAGCUGUUAGCUCAGGUCCCAGACGAACAAGAACCAGCUGCAGGAUCCAGAGCGAGCAAAAGCCUGUGAGCCUUGCUAGAAUGUCCACUUAUAUUUGAUGCAGGCGACACGCCCAAGGAGACUCCUUUCAACGUAUUGGUUACUCACAGCAGAUCCCAUCAUGGAGGUGAUCACAUUAUAUCAAAUCUCACCAUGGAAGUGAUCACAACAUCAUAUGACUGCCAAAGUACAUCAUAACUGCCAAGCCGCUGAGUCUCAUGGCCCAGCCAAGGUGACACACAACCUUAACCAUCACACCUGGGUUCUAGACAAGCCACUAUGUACCUUUGUUUCCUAUUCUUCACGUCAAGAUGAAUUUGUUUUGACUAGAUAAUCCUUCUUCCCUUUUCCAACUAUAGAAUUCAUAAUUCUUAAAAGGAAUAAAUGAUUUCCUAGUGCUUCUUGACUUUCUGCCUAAAAUUUAAAUACAAAGAUUCAACAUCAGCUUCAACAAUACAUACUGAAUACUAAUUUUGUAUACAGUCUUUGCUAUCAAGAUGACAACUUCAAUGGAAAGACACAUUUUUUUUUUUUAAUUACUAACAAUAAUUCCUUGGUAUCAUGUAAUACCCAGCCCAUGUUCAGAUUUCACCAACUGCUUACAAAUGCCUUUUUACAAUUGAGUUGUUCCAACUAGCAUCUAAACGAGGUUAACGUGUUCUAUUUGGGUGUUGUGUUUCUUCAUCUGGAGUAUGCCUCCUCCCCUCUCCUUUUUGCCCUCUUGCCAUUGACUGGUUCAUAUUGGGUUGGUUAUGCAUUUUGAAUUGGUCUGAUUGCUUCCGUAUGGUAUUGUCUAAUUUGCUCCUCUAGUUCCCACAUUUCCUAUAAAUGGAAGUUAGCUCUAAAGGCUGGACUAGAUUUUAGUUCAGCUCUUUUAGCAAGAAUACGUCAUAGGUGAUGCUGAGCACUUCACGUUUCAUAAUAUAAGGCACAAAAUGGUGGUUGUCUCAUCCUAUUGCUUUUUGAGGUAAUGUUGAAAAUCCUUAACAUGGCCUAAAAAACUCUGUGUAAUCAGGGUUCCGGCUAGAUUUUCUGCACCCAUACAUCCCACUGUGCUCCUCGCUUUCUUUGAACCAGAUAUUUGCCUUCUUCAGUGCGGUCACUAGGGGGUGGGGACUGCAGACUGCAUCCACUGUCAGAGUAGGUGACAUCAAAACAACCCCAGGGUCUGCAUGGGUGCUGCCGAGAUAGGAGCCGCCAAGGCAGUGGUAUCACCAGGGCUGGUGUCACCCAUCACCCAGUGUGGUAACUCCUCACACCCCCCCACAUCCCCUGUCACCCGCCAGUCAGGUGUGGCUGGCCAGGCGAGGUGACCACCACUGGUUAGAGAGGAGGGUCUCCACCUUGGCCAAUGGGAGAGGGCAGGAGC